ACAGAUGUGAGUAAAUUGAAAUAAAUAAUUUAGACAAGACUGUGAACAUGAAGCCUCCGGGCAACGAUAGAUUGAAUAUUCUGGGCGACAAGACUGCAGAAUUCUAUCUGAACCCGAAAUCAUUCUGUGAGAAUCGAGUGGCCAAACACAAGUCCACCAUCUUCCAGCAGCGCUUCCUAAACAAACCAACAGUCUGGCUAACAGAUUACACCAGUGUACAUUGUUUAUUGUACGAAAAAUGCUCUAAUUUCGACCAGGGUUAUGAUGUGAUGAAUAUUUUACCCCAGCUGUUUGGAAGUUCCUGUGUUUUGUUCCAAAAUGGCGAUGUGGUGAUCAAGUUGAGAGAGAUUUUGGCGAAUUCGAUAUCGCAGCGAGUGGAUAAAAUCAACCGUCUGCUGGAGUUUCAAGUGUUUCCGGCUCUGGAUAAAAUGUGUCAGCAGGAUCUGGAGUGUGACCUCUAUCAAACUAUUAAGGAAAUGAUGACCAAACUGUUUCUCCAAUUCUUCUUCGAUAUUGACGCCGAGAAGGAGCCAGAAUUAAUCGCCACAAUCACCAAGCUGUCGAUAGAACACUGGCACGGCAUAACUUCCAUUCCAACCUCGAUCAAAUUAGUGGGAAAGGUGUUCCAGAAGGCACUUAAUGCAAAAAAGAGAUUGAUUGAGAUAUUUAAAGAGAGGCUUACAAGAACUGAUAGUGAACCGCCUUUAGUGUACACGGAAAUGUUGUCUCAAAUUGGGGAGGAGACGGCGGUGGACCACGUGAUAGUGUGUAUCUCUGCCCUGCUUCCCAAGGCCACUGCCUCUCUACUAACUUCCGCCCUCAUCCAAAUGGCCAUGCACAGACCUUUGGAUCGCCUUCUUCCAACUGCCUCUCAAACCACACAUGUAAACUCAGAAGACACAUCAUGUGACUCACCAGUGAAUGGGGGUGGGGACAAUAAAGAAGGUGGGGGACAUAAUAGUGAGAAGGAAGUGUUUGACGCUCUGUUGAAGGAAACCUACAGAUUGUUCCCGCCCUUCUUCGGGGGCAGAAAAGUGGCCAAGGAGGAGAUAGAUUUGGGCAAAUAUCAGAUUGAACAGGGACAGAAAAAUUUCCAAAUGCUACUUGCAGCGAUCAUAUACAUGUCUUACUUCGCACACAGGGACAGCAAAGUGUUUCCCUACUCGGAGGAAUAUCUCCCUGAGAGGUGGCUGAGUGUGAAGAAUAAGGCCUCCUCCCCCUCUUUGUUCACAUUUGGGGGAGGGAAAAGGGAGUGUGUGGGGGGACACUUCACUCACCAUAUUCUGACUCGUAUUCUUCAACAUAUUGCAAUCACUUCAGGCUACGAAGUGCAAUUAAGUGAACCUGAGACAUAUUACAAAGAGUACAAGUGGCUUCCAGUGUCCAGACCAAAAAACCCAGUCCGGCUCAAGUUCCUGAAGAGUAGCCAGGGAUCACUGCAGAAUGGAUCAAUGUUGAUGUCGUGAAUGUGUACAAGAUGUCCUAGUACUUCUGACUAUGCGUAUCCUUCCAACGCUGUGCCAAUUUGUUCAGUCUUUGUUCACAUACCUUGUACAAAGAAAUCACUCCAAAUUCACCUUGAGCGAGCUGAUAAUUCACGGUCUAGAGUGGCGUAUGCCACUAGACUUACUUCCAUGCUAUGUGAAAUUCAAUUUUAAAACGCAAUCAUGCGGCUAUUUAUUCAACAGUCUGAGCUUCCAGCUUCGAAUUCCUGUAAAUUAACAAAGAAUAGGGUAUUAGAUGUAAAAAUGCAGAGACCCGCUUUUGUUUUGAAAGUAAAAGUUCCCCGAAUAGUUAUAUUGUGACAUUGCGUGCUUUGUCUUUUUAAACGGUCCCCCCUAGCGAGACGAUAGUUUAGGCUAGUUCCUGUUCAAUCUCGCAUAUUCUAAAUUCCUAUCAACCAUUUUAAUGUAACUGUUGGCAAUUUUAGCUAGUUUUUAUUUACUCGAGACUCGUAAAAUCAACACGGUACAAGUGUGAUAAUUGGAUCACCGAAGAAUUUCAAAAUUCGUGGACUUUUAAAUAUUCCAGAAAAAGCGUUGUGUAAAAAAUUUAAAAUUAACACCGAAGCUCACCUCAGACUCAUUUCAUUGUUUACGUGUAUGUAGUAGUCUUACAUUUACAUUUCAAAUUAAUUACAUUACCGUAUUAAAUGACUACAACUGCUGUGCAAUUGUUGCGUUUCUUGAUUCAAUCUUGAUUCUAUCAAUUAUAAAUAUUUAAAUUGUACCAUAUUAGU